AUGUUUUUCCAGGGACUACUAGAGAGUCUCACCACCCUGUCGCCGACAAUUGUUUUAGGGACAUGUCUUGCGGGAAUUUUCCUGAUUAUCAACCUCCGAGUGCUAUACAACAUCUUCUUUCAUCCACUUGCUUGCUACCCAGGUCCGAUAUUUUGUACAUCGAACGCUAUUCCAUAUCAGAUUGCGCUUCUCAAAGGAACAACACAUUUAUACUCGGCUCGUUUGCAUGAGAAGUAUGGUCCGGUCGUUCGAGUAUCUCCUAACGAGCUCUCGUACAUCACCGCCCAGGCGUGGGCUGACAUAUACGGGCGUCGACACCCGGAGCAAUUGCAGAAACACCCAGAUAUUAUUUCCGGGCCACCUGGCGGGGUCUACGGGCUAGCCAAUACCCCUAAUGAUCAAGAUCAUUCACGCAUGAGACGGCUCAUGGUUCCCGGGUUCAGCGAAAAGGCUGUGCGCGCCCAGGAAAAUGUAUUCAGGAACCAUAUCGGCCGUCUCAUUGUCAAAAUCCGAGACAACGAAGGCAAUGACACUAUUGAUUUGACGCUCUUAUUGCACGCCACUACCUUUGACAUUAUUACGGACUCGAUGUUUGGAGAGAGUGCCAAUACACUCGAAACAGGGACUGACUGGAUGUCUUUGACGAUGCCGCUGGCCCGUGGACGGAUAAGAUUUUUCAUGAAAGGAGAUCUUUGGCUGACGGUAGGGUAUCAGAGCACUCGUAUCAUUCCUAUCCUACGUCGUCUCUUGCCAGGAAUGGUCCCCAACACAGCGAUUCAAUUCUUCCAAAAUACGGUAAGAGCACUCGAUCGCCGAUUGACUAGACCGUCAUGUGACGAUGGUCGUCCAGAUAUUUUGCAACAUGUGCUGCCAUAUCUGGAUAACCCUAAGGGUCUUACUCUGCCAGAACUGCAAUCGACCUUGCGAUCCUUGAUGAUUGCCGGAUCCGAGACAAGCGCCAGUAUUUUGACUUCAGCGCAUUACUUUGCGCUUUCCAACCCGAGAGUUUAUGAACGUCUACUGGGCGAAGUUCGUUGCCAAUUUGCAUCAGAUCGCGAUAUCACCGGUACCAGCGUGAAUAGAUGCAAGUAUCUAGUAGCUGUUCUUGAAGAGACUAUGCGUAUUUGGCCAGCCAUCGCCAUCAGUCUUCCCCGCAUAACACCACCGAAAGGCUGUGAAAUUGAUGGCCUAUGGGUGCCAGGCGGUAUCAAGGUCGGCGUCAACCAAUGGGCCGCCUACUCUUCUGACCGCAAUUUUGCUCGACCCGAUGAAUUCCUCCCGGAAAGAUGGUUAGAGGAAGGAAAUGAAGAGUUUGCCAAUGAUGUCAGAGCUGCUUUUCAGCCAUUCAGUACAGGUCCGCGAAACUGCCUAGGCAUGAAGUAA